GAACAUUUUGUCGCUCCUUACAGACGAAAAACGUAACGUGUCACUUUUCAAGAUUUUAGCACGGCAUUUUUUGGUGCCGGCCGGUGGUGGUCGAUGCAUCUGGUAGAUAGUCGAUGCACUGUUGUUUUAUUUAUCCGUUUCUGUUCGGGUUACACUUGCGAAGAAAAAAGUCUUAGGAUAAAUAGGUAGGUACUGCCAAUACUGUAUGCAUAUCCCUCUUUGAAAAAUAAGAUUACCAAGGAUAAAAAUAAGGGUAUCUGGUGACCUGCUGGCACAAUAGUAUUGUGCUGAUUGUUACUUUCAAGGAAGAGUAGAAAUGGACAGAAGCGCAUUACUAUACAAGAUUGUCAUUGGGCUCAUACUACUUACAAUCCUCUUUAGCUUCCCUACUCUGGUAAACUCUCAUGGACACAGUCAUGAUGGCCAUGGACAUGCCCACGAUCAUGGCCAUGGACACGCCCACGAUCAUGGCCACGGACACGCCCACGAUCAUGGCCACGGACAUGCGCACUACCACGAUGAAGCGCCGUCGUUCAAGUACUCUCGCGCGGCCAACGAGGCGUCGCGUCAGCAGCAGGAAGAGGAAGCGCGCCGCGUGCUGGAGGAGUUUGCCGCGCACCAGGCGGCCGGCACGCGCACCAGCGCCGAGACCAGGUCGCUGUGGCUGAACGCCAUCGGCUCGACGCUGCUGGUGAGCGCGGCACCCUUCUUCAUCCUGUUCCUGAUCCCGCUGGAUAACACAGACGCCUCGCAACCGCUGCUGAAGGUGCUGCUCAGUUUCGCCGCCGGCGGUCUGCUCGGGGAUGCCUUCCUGCACCUGAUCCCGCACGCGCUGAUGGCCGUAUCGGAGAGCGGUGCCGAGACGGCCGGCGGCCACGGCCACGGCCAUUCGCACGGCGACCACGGACACUCUCACGGCGCCGGACACGAGCACGACAUGAGCGUCGGUCUCUGGGUGCUGGCCGGCAUCGUGGCCUUCUUCCUGGUGGAGAAGUUCGUGCGCAUUGUCAAGGGCGGUCACGGUCACAGCCACGGGCACAGUCACCAGGCGGUCGCUGAGACGAAGGCGAAGGCCAGCUCAGGGGACAAGGAUAGCAAAGAGGACAAGGAAGAGAAGGAUGGGGACAAGAGCAAGGACAGUGAUGAUGCUAAGCGUGAGACCGACAGCAAAAAGGACAAGGCUGGAAAGAAUGGCGAUAAGGCGAAAGAAAAGUCUGAUGCCAAGGACAGUAAGGCGAAGUCUUUUGGCAAAGAUAAGGCAGCAGAGAAGAGUAAAAAAGACAGUGCCAAAGAGAAGAAGUCAAGUGAUCAAGUUGCCAAAGAUUCUGCUCAGUCAGAUAUCAAGGUAGCCGGCUACCUAAAUCUAGCGGCUGACUUCACCCACAACCUGACUGACGGGCUGGCCAUCGGCGCCUCCUACUUGGCGGGCCACUCGAUCGGUAUGAUCACCACGCUCACCAUCAUUCUACACGAGGUGCCACACGAGAUCGGCGACUUUGCCAUCCUGGUGCAGUCUGGCGUGCCGCGGCGGCGGGCCAUUUUCCUGCAGCUCACCACGGCCGUGGGAGCGCUCACGGGCACCGUCAUCUCGCUACUGGCAGAGGGCGCCGACUCUGCGGCCACAUCACGAAUUCUACCGUUCACCGCCGGCGGCUUUAUCUACAUCGCCACCGUCUCGGUAAUUCCCGAACUGCUCGAGAAAACCUCCGUGUGGCAGACGGUCAAAGAGCUAAUCGCUCUGUUGGUCGGCAUUUACAUGAUGGUGCUUAUCGCCGAGUACGAGUGAGCUGACCGGCUCGCCGCAGCUGUGACCGCUACGGUGGGUGUUUGGGGGACGGAGGCGGGUGGUCGGCGGUGGGACGGAGCUUCUGAAGGGACGGUGCGUGGGACGGUAACCCCGGCGCGCGCCCGCCGCCACCGGUCGAUCGCUCCAGUGUCGUGUUUGUGCUGCGUGUGUGGGCGCCGUCGGAGUGCCCCGGUCUCGGUCGGAGUUGUGCAUUUCCCUCACAGUCCGCUCGCCGCCCCAUACCUCCAGGGUAUGCGGAAUGCUGUGGUCAAGGAGAGGGGUGUGAAGAGGCGAUGGUUGAAGGGGACUAUGGUUAUCGUGUGGGCUGGGCAGAUGCUGGGAUUGCCCCGCGCCUCAAAAAUCAUCUUUCUGAGACAUCUGUCAUUGCUCUUUAACUGAGACAGCUCCUAGACGCCCGUCUGGGUCGAUCGAUGUCUGACCUUACUGGACGAGGCUCUCCUGUUGCUAGCUCUCAGAUACGGUAUGCUGGGUCUGAUGGCUACCGUUAUUUACGACACUCAGACAGUCCUUCGGGCUAUGGUUGGCGCCGGGCUGGCCUGGUGUACCUUUUGGUGUACUAGGCUGGUCUUGUGGCUUGGUGUACCUUUUGGUGUACUAGGCUGGUCUUGUGUUCACUCGGGGUACCGGGCCGGCCUGGUGUACCGUUUGGUGUACCGGGCUGGUCUGGUGUACCCUCUGGUGCACCCUCUAGGGUACCGGCCUGGUCCGGUGUACCCCAUCAGAGCAUCGCAGUGACUCUCCUGUACCUACGACUAGACUGGUUGAACUCCCGAAUUAAUAGUCUCGAGAAGACAACGUUUCCCAGCCCCGUCAUGUGAUACCGCGCACGCACUUGUACUUCCUGACAUCUCUGUACGAUGCAAAUGCUAUUUUUGUAUAGGUAUAUGAGUGAUCGUUAAUAGAAAUUUGAAGCAUUUUCUUUACCUGCGAUCGAUAACUGUUGUCCAGUGUAGCGUCAAAGGGUAGUGCAGAGAAAGUUCCGUUUGUAAUGUCCUGCUUUGUGUGGUGAAGGUAAGUUGUUGGUCAGAUCAUAAUCUCAUACCAGUGUGUAUCGCCAUUUUACUUACAUGUGAUGGAGGAGCCACUUUCAUGAGGAGAAUAUACAAAUAUCAAUCA